GUUUGCAUGAGUAACACUUAAUUUCUUUCGUUGACAGUCUGGUUGCAUUAAUGUUGAUAUAAAUUUCUGGAUACAGUGAGUAAAAAUUUCCAGGUUUUAACGUUAAAAUCACGAACAAUCAUGAAUCCUGUCACAAAUUUUAAUAAAAAAUCGAGAACCGACAAUUCUACGGGUACACGGUCCCGUGAUAGUGAAUCCGGUUCUCCAAUCGCAUUUAAAUACAUCUCACCGUCAAACUCGUCUUCACCAGCGAACCGAUUACAAGUAUCAUCUCCAACAUCUGUCACGUCUCAAUACAUCAAAACAUCAGUUGGGUCUUCUGUUCACUAUUCCAUCAUCCCGAGGUCUCGAUCGUCUUCUGGAGAAUGCUCACAACCGUCCAGCUCCCCGCAUUCUGCGAGUUCAACAUCGCCCGUUUCGAGAUGUUUCUCAUAUUUGAGUUCAAUAGAGAAGCUGAGCGAACUGUCUUCGGAAACAACAUCUCGCUCAUCGUAUUCGUCCUCGUCCGGAAGCUCGUCAUCGUCUCCUGAUGAUUCACAACCGAAUGUUAAGGCAACAAGCUUAACUCCAUCGCUCCACUGUGCUUUUCAGGCCGGAAAGAAUAAUAGAAGCGAAGACUUCGCUUCCAAGGCUAGUAGUGCCGCCCAACGCUUGUUUAAAAUAAAAAGUAUUUCGACCGUUCCAUCAAAUGCGAACAAUUUUAUUUUAGAAGUAAGGAGGAAAUUAGCCGAGGAAGCGCAGUCAUCCAGCAGAAGAGACUCUGAUCCUAAAAUUCAGUCUUCAAGGCGAGUGACAGAAGAAUGUGGGCAAUCUUCGACUCACUUGGACCCUAGGAAAAGAGUCUCGAUAAUCGUUGGAAAAAAGUCUUCUGAAUAUAACACGUAUGCUCCAAGUAAAGCAGUGGGAAACCCUCGUAGUACGAUCACUGUUAUUCGAGGACCUCCAUUGUCCCACAAUUGCAUUGGUAAAAUGACCACGCCGCGAAUAUCCGCAAAUUUCAGGGCAUGCAGAUCGCCUGCUAAAUCUUCUUCGAAAUCAUCUGGUCGGAUAAAUAGGCCUAGCUUAUCCACAAAGUUAGUAACGAAGAGAGAGCUUUUUACCACCGCAAGUAGAACUGUUGAAUCAGCUCAUAGAACAAUCGGAUCAGGGGCACCGAUUUCAACGCCUGAUUAUGCGUGGAAGGAAGAAUUGCAGCGUCAGACUCCUUCUCCCAUGGAUUCCACCGGCUCUACUUCUAGCGAGACUCCAAUCGAUGAUGCUCGGGAUUCAUCCUGGGGAUAUUUAUCUUCUGGAGAAAGAGACGCUGUUUCAGUUCUAGCGAGUUUUAGAACAAUGAAGGCCGAUUGUAUCGUCACCCAAGCCACGGAGACACCCCGGCACAACAGCACCGGCAAGAAACGAAGAGGCAACUUGAAUAAGGAGUCCGUGGGCAUAUUGAAGAAAUGGCUUUACGAACAUCGUUACAAGGCAUACCCCACCGACGAGGAAAAAAUGACCCUGGCUAAGGAAUCAGGGCUUACUAUUCUGCAGGUUUGCAACUGGUUCAUUAACGCUCGUCGCCGCCAAUUGCCCGGAAUGUUGCAGCAAGAAGGCUGCUCUCCAGAGAAUUAUACCAUAACUCGCAAGGGUAACCACAAGUCCAAGCGAUCCCCUCCUGGGACUGGUGACCCCGUCAACCGUGCUGGCCCAUCGCGGGCCCAAAAUCUUAAUCUUGAUCCGAUUCCGCAGGUUUCAACGACGAAUAUUGGUCAGUCCGAACAAAGUCGUCGACUAGCAACAACUCCUUUGAAUGGUCCGAGAGUAGAUGAAAAUCUUGCCAGUUUUCCAGGUUACUCAUAUCAAUCGUCUCAAUGGAAUAGCGAGCAAGCAUUCGAUCCAGCGGACCGUGUUCCUGCUUGGGUUGACGAGCAGAGGCAGCUUAGCCGUACUCUGCCUCCGGUGUUGCAAUACAGCGAGCUUUACAUCGCAGAAAUGCCUGGAAUGAACACAUAUUCGACAUGUUAUUCGGGUGGUCCAUCUCAAUGCAUAUCGCCGUCAGCGCCGUUCAUUGCCAGAGACGCAGCAAUUUUGUGUACACCAGACCCGUCUCCGCAGAUCCAAAGGGAAGGAAAUGUAUAUCUUCCGCAUUCUGAUCUAGUUGAUUCGUAUGGAUAUCUCCCUGCAGGCCCCUACGGAAUGGUCAUAAGUGAAAAUGGCACUACACCACCUCCUACCCCUCCAACUGUAAGCUCAAGUAAAAUCUCGCAAUCGCCCACCGCACCUCAAGAGCAGAACUUUUCUUUCUACAGACCGGAAAAAUCUGCGCAAUACGUUUUCGACAACUGUCACCACGGGAUGGGCUCGUGUACUGAAAAUGGGUCCGUAAUUCCUAAUGGCAUUCAGGGAUAUUCUGUCGUCGAAAAUAAUCAAGACGGUUUCCAAGUCAACGAUAAUUGUGCAAAUAUCACCAAUCAAUCGUUCCAGGCUAUGGAUGAUUCGUUAAGUCCCGACCAGUCAGAGGACCGAGCAAUGACAGGGACUACAAUGGAUAUUGACCCGCAGUCCCCACCUACCCGUGACUACAACAGUCUUCAAUUACUGGUGGACACGGCCUUAGGAAUUAUCAAGAAUCCUAGUGAGUGCAGCAGAGCCUCAACCGCCGGGCUUAGUUCGCCUGCCUCUUCUGCCUGUAGUUCGACUUGACCGAGUGGACGCUGUGGGCCCUAUCAUUCUGUACCGCUUCAUUAUCCUUAUCGUAAUGAUCUCUCCUCAACAACAUAACAAUGUUACUUCAUAUAACUAUCAAAGCAUUAAUGUGUCUAGUUUAGCCUCUAAUGCAGCCUCUAAUCAUGCAGGAGCUCAAACAUCGAGUCGAAUGUCAGGCUCAGUACUUCUAAAUCGCGACAAGAAUUGAUUAAAAUAGAUCCAUCAUUGCACUGACGACAUUUAGCUCUUUUUCAGCAAAUAAAUUCCAAUUAAAUUAAAUUAAUCAUUCAUAAUUGAUUCUUUAUGAAUCGUUUAUCAUUCAGCUUAUCGAACUUCCUUUUUAGCUGAAAAACUAAACAAGAACUAAGAUAUCUGUGGAAACUGAAAAUCACUAUUUAAAUUCUGACGUCGUCUGAGUGCUCUCCUAAAUCAAAUAACAAAAAUGACGCAUUACAUAACAAUAUAAUGACGGUUGUAUUUGCAGAGUAAUGAUGAAAUAUAUUGGAAUCUUUUUAUUAAUUUAAUCGAAAUAUUUUUUAUUUUAACCAAUUAUAAUUUUAUCUAUUUUAAGUGUAGCCAUACCUCGCUAGAAUUUGGAACUCUACUCUACAACUUGGCUUCAGGAUUUAUUAGACUCCUUAUGCUAUGCUCCUAAAUCCUUGCACGAUUUACUCCCCGAGUGCAUAAACUCUUUAUAGCACAGUAUGUUUGGCAUUUUCCUGUACUUGUCGUCUGAUUUGGCUGGUUUUUACUAACUGAUUUGAAUGUUUUCUCGAGUGAUUAUCGUUAACCCGACAACGGGCAAUCAUUAAUAUUAUAUCAUUCACUCGUCAUGCAUGCUACUAAUUCAAAAAUUUCUGACUCGCUUUCCAUAAGUAUGGUAUGUAUGCGAAAAUUUACGGUUUAUUUGUCGACAAAAAAGUAGGGAGGAGUUUAGUUGAUUAUUCUUCUAGAAUGACGGGCUUCCAUAGGUUAUCUCCAUUUGUUGGGAAUGGAAAAAUCUUAAUUAGUAAGGCUAAACGUAAGUAAUAUUGUCGCUCAUCAAUUUCUUAACCAUGCACCACCUCCAUAAUUUGACAAAUAACUGAAUUCAAGUGAGGAACGACGAUCUAUUCGUUGACUCAGAAGCCUGAAUAUAUAAUUUCAAUUAAUUGCAAUUCAUUUUAUGUUGAAGCUAUUGUUGUUUCUACAAUUCAAUUAACUUGUUGCCUGGGAGUGAAUUUAGAUCAAUAGCAGUUGUAAUCCAUUUUUUGGGGGAUAACGGGAAAGAACCUUAAUUCUUUCUGAUGAUCUGAGCACCUCAAUAUCCCAUAAACUCAGCGUUAACAAUUUGUAAAUAUAUUUUUAUGCGUCAUUCUGUAAACAAAUAAUCCUGUUCAGCAGGUUUUCCGUGCAUUGUAUCAAACUCAAGUCGUUGGAUAUAAAACAACAUCAGAUAGUUUGUUAGCGUUAAAUAAUUUAUCGAUAUAUGACGAGGUUUAAGAUUUGUAAAUAUAUUGUUGCCGUAGUGUACAAAGUUUAUGUAGUACUGUAACGCUCCUGAGCUCUAAUAGUUGAUCUUGCUCCAUAUCUUAAGUCUGCGCCUAGAUUAUCCUGAAGGUUGACAACGAUUAUGUUUUCUGAGGGAAUAUUAAUCCAACAAUAUUACUAUUAAUAUUUAGGUAACUUUAUAACCAAGAUAAUUGGUAAGUUCGUUUUUUUCAUUCGUGAAUAUGACAAACGGAAUUCGAUUAUUCUAUUAAAUGGUAUUUUUCACAACCGUCAUAUUAUAGGGGACUUGCGAUAGUUUGUAUCCAAAAGUCUGGACAGGUUCGAAUGACGAGUAACGUAGUUUAAUCGUGACCUGCUGUCUUACCGUUAUUUUCCGUGACUUGAAAUAUAUGAUACGACAUUAUUAAUUAUACUCCACCUUACGAGAAUACUUUACUGGACUUUUAGAGACUAUCUAUACUUUUUACUGGACUAGAUAGAGACUGCGUGCAAUUUUAGUUGUGCCAUGCGUAAGUUUCUAAGUGUACUGCCUUGAUGCCUGUACAAGUUUGUUUUGCCUAUCCUAUAGCCUUAACCCCUUGCGUUUUUUGUUCUGCAAGAUUAAGCAUCUUGGUUCGGAAAAGAUUUAAAAGUCGAGGAUAGGCUGUUAAUGUAAAACGCGACAAUCGUGUUCCUCAUAUUGAUCUAUUAUGACCUCUUCUUUUUUCCCAGUAUCUUUGUUGUCACGGUAGCUCGGUUGAGGUUACGGGCAACUGAUAACUUAUCAGACUUUGUUUUAUAAUGUAUUACAUAUUUUUUCUUCUAUGGGAGCAGCUGAUAGUUAUUUCAUUUUAAAUAAUGUCGCAUAUUAAUUUUAAGGAAUCCCUAGGCUAAGGCCUGGUGUGAUUAUCAAAAAUAUUGAGUCUGAAACUCUGCUAUCUCUGACUUAAAUUUGACUGCUCCGUACUAAUCGUGAUAUGCUCAAUGCUAUUUGAUAGUGUGACAGUUGGCAAUGUCAACCCAACCUCAGAAUUUUUACCACGCUUAUUUUACAACUUCAUGUUCUAUAUGUUACUGGUAAUAUUUGAUUGAAUGAAUAAUUACAAAUGCAAAUUGGUUAAGUUAUUCGAAACCUUUACAUCGGUUCAAAUUUAAGCGAAUGUAAGACUCAGUCUACAAACCAAACGUUCUAUAUUUUUGGCCACAUUACUUUUUAUCAAACCACUCAAUGUGAGCUUUAUUAUUAAUAAAUUAAUUACUGCUCAACCCCUCCACUUUUAUCCAAUUGACUUGAUAUUUCGAUUCUAAUCGCAGCUUGUAAGUUUUUUAACUAUAGCAUAUAAGUUAUUUGACUAGUGGCUAAAUUAGCGAAUAAUCUGUGCAUCACACUAAAACAAAAAAACAUCAGAUAUUUCCUGUGUUUCUCAGUUGAAAGUUAAUAGUCAUUUUAUCAGCAUUUUAAGUGACCAACAAUUUCACAAUUUUAAUUACUUG